AUGCGUCGUUCAUCGCUCCAGAGCCGCACAACCAUCGAAUACUUUGACCACGAGCUCUUCUGGAAAACCUUCAAAUUCACCUGCCGCUACGCCCAGGGCCUCAACCUACACAACCUCGACGGCAACGCCUCCUCCGCCGUCGGCUCCAUCAUCAAGGACGGCGACCGCAAGAGCCUGUGGAUGCUCAUCCAGAUCGACCUCUUCUUCCGCCUCCUCUGCGAUACCCCGCCCGAGACCGCCACGGGGCCCGGCGCCGUGUCCACGUCGUGCUUCAUCGUCAGCUCGCGCAUCACCCUCAUCUUGGCGCAGUUCUUCCAGCUCGUCGACUCGCCUGCCGCGGCGAUGGAUCAUCCCGAGUCCUGGCAGUUGGACGACUGGAUCAAGAGACGCUCCGACGACGUCAACCUCGUCUGGGCCCUCAGCGACGUCCUCAUCACCGGCUACAUGGGCAUCAUCUUCAUGCUCCGCAAAGUCGCCGCCCUCCGCGCCGGCGUCCCGACGCCGAUCCAGUGCGACGCCGAUCUCCCCGACUACCCCGUCGUCCGCCGGGUAUCCCGCGCCGUGCUCCACAUCGCCGACGCCGUCCUCGAGCAUCACCCGUACCCGUCCAUCGUCGCCAUGCUCUUCGGCGCCUGCCAAGCCAAUAUUCCCUGCGCUUUUCUCCUCCGCGACGCGCUCGGCGACCAGGGCGGCAGCGCCAAGAAUGACGUGUCGACGACCAACCUCGCGGACCGCGAGGCUGACCUGGCCCUCGUCAGCAGGGUGGCGCGGCAUCUCGCGGUCGUGAGCAAGACGGAAACGGACUUCGCGCCGCUCACGGUCGCGUUGGAUAGUUUGUGCGAGGAGGCGGCGAGACAGAUAGAGCGAGAAAGGGGCGUGAUAUGA